UAUAUUUAGCGGCUUCAGAUUGCAGACGUGCGCCGGCUCGGCGGGUCGCCUCACGUCGCUACACGCAAAGGGAGCGAGUAACCUGUCCUUGGAGAUAUCCACUAUCUUUCUGAACGAACCUCUUCCAAACGACGUCAUGAGAUUGGUCGCUGUACUGUGCACACUGUUAGGAAACGGCGUACUACGGUCCUGCUGCGAGCCUUCGCCACAUUUGCUGUCCACUGCCGAAGAUGAGGAAGAGUAUGCGGAACUGAGUUCAGCGGAAAUCGAAGACGUGGAGAGAGCCUUCAGGCGCUUCCGUGACGCAGCGGUGAAAUACUACAGCGACGACGGUGCACCUACCAUUUCGAUCGCCGGGCUGGUGGGCGUCUUUAACGUUGCCCGGAACCUGGCGCACCUACGGCCACGCUCACCCCAGACUGUCGAUCCACGCUUCCUAGUCUACUCGAACGUCUACGAUGAAGGACCUUCGGACGAACCCAAGCGAGAGCCCGUGCUCACUUUGCACCACGACGGGAACUUCAGUGCUGUGGCCAAGCAUCUAGACCCCGCCCAGACCUUCUACUUCGUUGUACACGGCUACCGCAGCAAGGGCUCUGCUAAUUGGGUGCAGCGCAUCAAGGACGAAAUACUCGGCUCGAUCCGGCUGGCCCAUUGUUCGAGUACUUCGACGUUUACCUGCGCAAGGAGCACGCCGACUUCGUGGACAUCAUCCACACCAGCAUGGGCAUGGGAUUCAACUCGUUCCGCGGUCGCUUGGGCAUGACCAAGGAGUCGGGUCACGUGGACUUCUACCCGAACGGGGGCAGUCGGCAGCCUGGCUGCCGGAGCUUUGGACGCCCGGACUGCUCUCAUUCUCGGGCCACCCUGUACUACGCCAACUCGAUCCGCACCUGCAGCUACCCGACGUUGCGGUGCACAGACUACAAGGCCUUCAAGAGUCACCGGUGCACGCCCUGUGACGAGGGGCCCUGCGGUGUCAUGGGGCACAACGCCAGUGCGAACUUGCGAGGGAGGCAUUUCCUCAGCAUAUCAUCCGCGUACCCGCACUGCCCGGGCGCAGCCGUGGCAAGCACCGCUUCGUUAGUCGUGCUGCUCUCAUCUCUUUUGACCGUAGCCACGAGCUUUGCCGCCAUUGUGGGCGACAACCUAAAAAUCACAAAUAGGCUCCUCAUAUAGGGAGCCCACAUACGCACACUUAGAUACGACAAUGCGUAGUGGUCGUGAGUAUAUAGGCUCCCUAGGCUUCCGCCU